ACAUACGACUGAUCAAAUAACUUCCAUUUGGAGCUCAAAAUGACAAGUACUAUUAAUUGACGUUUCGCGAUUUCGAUCAAAAAUAUUGCUCUCGUUUAUGGCUUAGAUCAUGAUCUAUCGCCAUAGACAUUUGCUUUGAAUAAGACAACGUUAUUCCUCAGCUGAGUUUUUUUUAUUUUCGAUUUCAAAAAGCACCUGAUUCUGAUCCGUACUGAAAGAGAGUCCAGCUGAUAUUUGCCCACAAACGCCUUAAAAGCAGGGAUAAUCUCGGGCAAACAAAUUGAAAUUCUGUAUCGUGCGACAAAAGACGCGAUCAUCAAGUUAAUGGAAGGCUCCCAAAUUUGAUUUAGGUAAGGAAAAAAAACAUUGUAAGGAAAAUUAUGCUCCUUUAUACUCAACUCAUUGGACAUAAAUAAUUCGUCGUGUUCCGUCCAAGUUAGGUAAUGAAAUAUUAUUCCCUUCACACUGUCCGCAGAAUCACAGUGUUUGUCAUAGACGCUAAACGAUACGUUUAUUUACAGUUAAAGAAAAAUAUUUUUCUGUAUUAGGCACUGUUAUAAUGCAUCAACAAGGGCGCUAGUAGGGCUUAUGAAUUUUAAGAGCAAAAUUUUUGUUAUUUCCCCAUAUAAGACAUUGUAAAUUAGGUAUAACGCGAGGAAACUGAGGGAUUUCAUUUCUUAAUCAAGUUGAGGCAAAUUUUUCUUUACUUGAACAUUUCAUGUCAGUCUAGCAAUCGUAUCUUGGGCUAAGCACGUAUACGUUACUUGUUUGGCUAAUAAAGUACAAUUAUUUUCUAAUAAAGAAAUGUACACUUAGAAAACAAAUUUCGCACCGAAAAUAUUCUUAGCUAGACGAAAGUGAAUUUGAAUCUGUUCACACCUAAAGUUUUCCUCUUCAAGAUGCGCUCAAGGAAACCAUUCGCCUGACGGUGAAUAUAAUUAUGAGUUUCAGAAUACGUACAGAGUAAACUUCACAAUAGUUUUCAUCUCUGUGGUGGCGUAGAAUAUGUUGCACUACACAAACUCAAUGUUCGUUCGAUCAUAUUCAGAACCAUCUACCUCCACCUAAUGACAGCACCACAAAAAAGUACGGCUUAUUCUCCCAAAUAAUAAUGAUGAUGAUAAUAAUUACAAUAAUGAUAAUAAUAAUAAUAAAAAUAAUCAUAGUAGUAAUAAUGAUGAUGAUGAUGAUGAUGAUAAUGAUGAUAUUUGGUAAUGAUAAUAAUAAUUCUUUCAUUUACCCGCGGCAGGUUUUAAAACGCUUGGGUUUUCAGAUCUUAACCUUCUUAUGUCCCUUCACACCAACGUAACAUAAUUGAGUUGGCUGAACACAGUUUCAGCAGUCUGUGAGUAUAUGUCAUUUGCCUAAUCAUGGCAAGAAAAAGGUUGGAGCUCACAAGCUGAAGCUCGGCAAAUAAAAAAUAUACUGAGGAACAUUUUGAUUGACAGGUAAAAUGUGACGUUUUCGUUGUUUCCAUGUCAACACGAUCGAUUGAAUACAACCUUAAAAUUUCACUUUGAGUUGCUCAGUUUACAUAAAAUUCGCUCAUUAGAUUUUCCUAUAAACUUGCACACAGCUUACUAUAAUUAAUCAUUACCAUUUGAAACUUAUUGGAUCAAAUUUUAACAGUUGGGUUUUUAGAUAAUCAACAGUUAAAAUACGAUAAAAGAAAAAAUUCUGCCAAAUAUCACAAAGUUUUAAUGAGAAGAUUUUAUGAAAUCGUCUUCUGUGUACAAUUGCUUUUUUCGCCGCCAUGUUUGUUUGUGUAAUUUAAAACACGCCGCCGUCACGCGAGUUAACAAAAGCAAAACUGUGUUCAGCCACCUUAAACGAGGUUUUAAAACUGAAAAACAGACAUGGAAAACUUGAGCACAGGUUUUCACACAGGAUUCAAAUGGAAUUCAACAUCAUGUAACAUGUCAGUCAGUAGGAAACUUUUAUGAAAGAAACAAUUUUGAACCGUGUUUUACUAAACAAAUUUUAAACGUGUUAAAGCUUUGGUGUGAAUGGGGCAUAAAUUUGCAUUCAAUUCUCUCGGACUGACCGCUUUGACUGCGUAGGCAGUUAGUGUCCAUCUUGGAAGGAUCUCUGCUGUAUACUGAACCGUCUUGAAACAGGGGACCUUAUGGGAGAGGUGACUAAUGUUAUAUUUAGAAAAUAAAAACUACAUAACUUUGUUGCUUUGCCACAGACUCACAAAAAAUCAGCUAAAAUGUCCUUUGAUGGAGACACUUCCCGACUGUCUACUCGGUCACGCAGCACUCGUUCCCAUUCCCUCAAACCACAGAGUCAGCCCAUCAUUGCUCUCAAACAGCGUUCAAAACGCACGAUGAGCUUACCUACCAAGCCUGUGCUGUUACCGCUGAUCAAUGUUCAACGUUGCUAUGACAAUUGGGACGGGGCUGAAAGCGAGGAUGAUGAGUCUAAUAAAAAUGAGGAAGAAAUGGGUAUGUCAUGUUUAAUAUAAACUUGGUUUGAAUCUGGUAGGAGCGGGGUGGGAAAGGGGGGGGUUAAAAACAGAUAGCUCUCCGGUCCCUCAAUGAUUUACUGUCCGUUUCAUUUUAUCGCUUUUUAUCUCGCACCUAGUUUAAAAUGCGGACCAAGUUUUUCUUCAUAAAGUUUUUCACGUUUUUUUUAAUCUUCCGAUGUUUACGCUAUUUUUAUGCCACUGUAUAUACCUUAAUUAACUUUUGUUAAAGAAAUAUUUAGAUCAAUUGUUCCAAUUCAGUGAACACUAGUGACCUGUUGGUUCAAAGACAAUGAAUAAUGCCUUUGCUCCAGGGCCAUCUUAAAAAUACCCUCCCUUACCGCUUUAGACCAUUAUUAAUUCUUAAUAAGGCAUCGAAGUUUGAGCAUUAUUCUUUAUGUUUAACACCCCGCGGGCGCAAUCUCAAAAUAGUUCCCCUUGCCUGUGCCGCAGACGAAACUAAACUCCUGUUAAAUCUGUCUGCGAAACAGCGCGAAAUCCUUGUUCUACUCAAAUCCUGGUACACAGGUCGGGGCCCACGCGCCAUGAUUGACCUGUUAAAAAUGUCAUUGUCGAUUUGCCAAUCAGAUUGAAGGGAAAUUCGUAACGCACUUCCGGAAAUUCGUUGAGUCCGUUGGGGGCCCAGUCGAACAAGGAUUUCCGCGCUGCUUCACAGUCGUUGCUAACCGAAGUCAAAUUACAUAAUUACGUCUGCAGCGCGGGCUAGCAUAAUGCUAGCAUUUCAAUCCAAACAUAUUAACUCUUUACCCUUAUCAUUUUUCAAUAUUUUGUUCUUUCAGCCUGGUAUACACCAGUUGUUGGUCUGUCCUGUAGUCUUGCUAUUUACUUUUGGUCAUGCGCAUUAGCCUACUAUUCGAAGACUGGAUGAUGACAGUUCUCUUUCGAUGAAUAUAUAAAUAAUUUAUUUCCCUUUUGUUUGGUAUUAUUUUUUGAGACUAAAGAUGGAAUUGAACAUACUUAUAGCUACUAAUUAAAAGAACAUACUUUAACUCUAUAGCUAGUUUGCCCCAGCUUGCAUUUAUGGAGUAAACCCCCACUCUAAGAGUGCAUGGUUAACCCUUUAAGCCUC